GUGUCCCCUGGCCAUCCUGAGUAUGUUUGUAACUGGAGCACGCCAUCCUAAGGCUACAGUGCGCCAACCCGUGCAGAAUCUCCAUCUUUGCCCGCUUGCAGCCAAAGAAAACUGCGUGGCAGUCUAUCCGAGUGAUGGUGAUGAUCCCCUGUGAGGAAGGUGAGGAUCCAUGGAUGAGGAUGACGCUGGAGCUCAUCUCAGAAGACACCACCUCGUUAGCACGAGAAAAUUGUGUUCUGUUUCACGCACAACAUAGACCCACUUACUCUGACUGACCACUGCUGCUGACUGCGGCUGAAUCGUCCUCGAAUUUAAGGGGUUUUUCCGCUUGGACAUUGGCCUCUUCUCACACAAACACAGAUGCCACAAGGGUUCGAUGUUUGUGCGUGAAGAGACCAAUGUGCAAGCACAAGAACCGAAAGUGGCCGAAUUCCCUGCUGCAACCUGGAGAAUGUCAACAUUUCUGUCUAUCUGUCUAUCUAUCUAGCUCGCUAUCUGUCUGUGUCAGUGACGGCCGCCACCACGCGGUGCUGUUUGGCUGUGCUAUCUAUUAUCUGCGGUUGCUCAUCCAAUCCAAAAUUCGUGCUGCAGCUUUUGGUUGAAUUUCGAUCUGAACGACGCAAAUCGUCCACAAGCCAAGCUGCUGCACGAGCAGAAUCGUGGCGCAGCUCAAGCGACUGGAGAGGAUCUUAAUGCGGUACACUAUGACUACUACUACACCACCACCACCAUCACCACGAACUCCAGCAACUGCUAGCGCUGGAAUUAUACCGGAACUGGACUAACCAACUACCCCACCGCCCGCCACGCCGAGCCGAGCUAGCUAGACUGAACUACGGGGCAGGUCUAGGGAGAAGCCGAUGAGAGAAGAGAAGAGGUUCAGAUGGGGCCGGCCAGUGGGAAGUCUGGGACUCUAUGGCGCUGUUGAGGGCUGCGGGAGGGGGGAGGGGGGAGGGGGAGAUGAGUGAGCAAGUUCAAGACUGAUGUCGUCUGCUGAUGGAAGUACUUAUUUGUACAGAAGAGAGUGCCGAAUGAUGAGGGAGAAAGAGCGCCUGCGGGCAUUUAUAUAGGAAGCGAGCGGGUCCGCGCAAAGGGCCGAACACAGUGCACGGAUGAAGAGGCAUGAAAAAUAUGGUGGAGUGAUGGAGGAGAUGAGGGCCUUAGCACUGCAGCAACCACUGUAUUAAACGCCAAGUGGGACUCGGGCGCAGUUAUGAGGCCUCACGUUCGCCUCCCCGAGCCUUCCACGUCGCCUACUGCCGUUAAUGCCUGGAGUUUUGUUAACUUGCCCCUUAAACAUUCCCGCGCCACUCUGUUCCCCUCGCCCCAUAUUUAGCCCUAACCCGGCCCCUAAUCUUAACCCUUCCCUGCUUAUGGGACCGCGAUUUUCCGAUUUUCCCCCUCCAUGUGCCCCCUGCUCGCCUGGCCACCUUUUGCCAGCGCGGAUCUAUCGUGGAUUGCGCGCCCGUCGUGUUCCAGAACGUGAAAAUCUCUCAGCUCUCAGCUCUUAGUUCCCCUCCCCUCUCAGCCGCUGCGCUGCGCUCUCUCUUCCCCUCCCCGACUGUGACGACUGCGCGCGCCUGCGACCUUCUCCCUGCGACCUGCGACGAUUAUUAGCUCCGGGGGCGGUCGGUUCGUGCCGACGAAUUAGACAGCGGACACUGCACUUCACCGGACACGACUGCCUGUGACUUGACCGGGACCGGACCACCGCGCCGCAGCAGCGCCAGUCAGUCAGUAGAGUGAGAAAUGCUCUUGUCCUACAGACACAGAGAAUUGUAGAUUCAGAAGGGAAAGAAAGAUGCACGCAGUUCUAGAGAGAGAGAGAGAGAGAGAGAGAGAGAGGAUUGACGAUGUGAAGCGGAGCCCGUGAUUGGGCUUAUGGGUGGGAUUGAUUAACCUGGAUCAAUCCAGGGAGAGGGUGGCACAAGGUCGAUUCCUUUUUCCGUGACGGGGAUCUCACGUUCGGACAUGUCGUGCUUCAUAUCUCACGUUCUGUCCUUGUGUGGAUCAUUAGUGGCAGAGAUUUGCACUAAAACGCUCACGUUGCAGCAGCGCUCGGGGCUAAGUCAGGCGGAAUCACACAGGCAGUCUACGACGGUGAAAGGAAGUCGACUGUGUGGGCACAUAAUUAGAGUUUUCGGUCACAAGAUCACGUUCUCACAUGUCGACCUAAAUUCAUAUGUCACGAUGUGCGAGUCGAGAAAGGUGUCCUUUCAUUUGCAUUAAUGUGUAUUUCGCAACGAUAAUGGAGCGCCUCUCUACGACCCAGAGCUUCAAUGUGCUUGCACUGGAAAAACGGGUCCUCCGAGCUCGCUGCCCUGCGCUUGGAAAAUCUGGCAAGUCUGACGUGCUCGCCUAUCGUGCUUUCACGGCCAUUCUCUAGACAACAGGUCUGCCACUGCUGCAGAUCAUGUCUGAGUAAUUCAAGGCUGUCACAUGUUGCACCUCAAAUGUCACGUUCUUCAUGAUCGAUAUAUAAGGCCUGAACUUACUAGCAGCAGAUCUUGAGGUUUAUGCCUCUGCUUGAAAACGGACUUCUCGUACGCUAGGGCUGCCCCGGGUUCCACGAUCGUGUCCGUGGCUGUCCUCGAGCAGUAAUAAGUUGACAACAACCGGAUGCUGGAACAAUUGCGCGUCAUUCUCCUGCUUUCCGACUUAAUACGCACCUGUGCUUCGCGAAUGCAGAGGAUGAUGCCAUAACAAUCUCAUCCUGCCUUUCGCCGUCACGAUCUCUCGACAUCGGAUCUCGCAUUUGGAAUAUCAUUCUCGGCUCUUCGACUUAACUCCCACCCUGACGGGCUUCUGCAAAAAGUGACGCCAGCAUAAUCUCACGCGCCCGGCCCUGAGGCUUCACGAGCUCGUCCCCCACAGAUUCUUAGGUUUUGAAUAUUCAGAUGACAGCUCUGAUCCGGCCGCAGCUUUCACGUGCAACUCUGCGACGCAUUAUGUCCAGAUUUUCCCAAAGUUACUCGAGACGGCACAUUUAAACAGGCGCAACUUCAGUCGUCGGCUCGCUGGCUCCAAUCCUCCAAAUCGCUCUAAGUGUGCAUCGGGUCCAUUCGUGCCUUGAAAAGCUUUCUCCAGAUUUGAUUCAUGCCUCACGACCUCUUGUCGGUCUCAUACGGUAUCUUCUGUCCACGGUAUUCGCCGGUCAGUAGUUCCUCGUGAAGCUCCUCGUGUCUGACUCUAGUAACCCAGAGCCCCUGUAGGUUUCAUAGACCCAGCCAGACAUAAAGUAACACCGAUAAGCUCUAGCAUUUUGUUAAUCUCCGGAAAUUUGCUGCUCAAUCUUGGCUUCCCUUCUGACAUCACCGGGCGCCCCGAGAUCAGAAUCACUCAAAACUUAUCGGAUUAGAAAGUGUGAAGCGGCUGUGUCUCAACUGCGGACCAUCUGAUCCACAGAGGCAGCUCCAGGCUAGAGUAGAUGCAAGAGCACUGAUAGAAAUUCGAUGGUUCUAACUGCUUGAAGAACAAGAUUUUGUUGAGGGCAAAAUGUGACUGCUCGACUUUCUGUACGCAAUCUACGAAUUUACUGGCGAGAAGGAGGUAAGCUAAGGUCCAAGUUGCUUUGAAAGUCCAGUGCCGACGGUUUAAAUUGCGUCCACUUUCGUGAAAAUGAUGAGGAAGAAGGUUCUGCAAGAGAUUUGUUUCUUCGUUGUCCAACAUUGUGCAAUCAAUGCAAAUUUCAACAGAC